AUAUCUGUUUUAUCGUAAAAAGUCGACAAAAUCUUUUUAAAACUUGCUAUUUCAGUUUUAUAUCUUGUUUCCAAAGAGCAGUGUUUAAUGGCUUCUUCAUCCAAAAAGCGAACGGACGAAAAACCAGUCAAUGGAUUUUUAAAUGCCUCAACACUUUCGAAAGCAUUUGCAUCAGGGUCCACGUGGGAAGAUAAAGAUGAAUUUUUAGAUGUCAUAUACUGGAUGCGACAAGUGUUUGGUCUUGUUCAAGGCUUGAUAUGGGGACUCCUUCCACUGAAAGGAUUUUUUGGAUUGUUGUUGUUUUUUGUCUUCAACCUUGGAAUUGUGUACCUUUACUACAAUAUGUUUCAAAAAAUUGAUGAUGAAGAAUAUGGAGGAGCUACAGAAAUCUUAAAAGAAGGACUUAUGACAUCAUUUGCAGCUUUUCUGGUAACAUGGAUAAUAAUCUACUCAUCAUUACAUACCAGUUCAUAGCAUUGAUGUAGAGAUGGCAGAAGCAAUCACACAUUUAUGGAUUCAUUUUUCAUUUACUGCAGCAAGGGAGCAUAAACCAUUGUGGUGCCAUGAAUAAAACUAAAGAAACCCUGUGGCAUCAAACACGCAUAGAGAUAUAUGUUGUUACGUUUUGUGUGAAGAUUUCCAACAGAAGGAAUUACUGUCAUUGUGGAGUAAUAUUUAAACUUUUUGGAUGAGUUGUUUUUUUUUUUUUUUUGUUUUUUUUGUUUUUUAAUUUUGUAGAAGAUGCUGGUUGUACUUGUCAAAAUCAUAAACUAAAAAAUGUUCACACAUAUGUAAUGGUAAAUAUUACUCGGUUUUUAUAUGGUAUUUAUAAAAAUAUUGAAUGAAAUUAAAUGAAAGUAAGAAUAU